CAGGUGAGCCAGCUCCCCAGGCCCCAGAGCACUGCUUUCACUGCCCCUGAGAGCCUACCUCCGCUUGUUUCCCUUGCAAAGCAUUUCCCAGGAUACCAGCUGCUCAAGGCCCACGAUGGACUCCCUGAGACUGGCAAAUUCUGCUUUUGCUGUUGACUUGUUCAAACAGCUAUGUGAAAAGGAGCCCACGGGAAACCUUCUCUUCUCUCCAAUAUGUCUCUCUACUUCCCUGUCACUUGCUCAAGUAGGUACCAAAGGUGACACAGCAAAUGAAAUUGGACAGGUUCUUCAUUUUGAGAAUGUCAAAGAUGUACCCUUUGGGUUUCAAACAGUCACUUCGGAUGUAAAUAAGCUCAGUUCCUUUUACUCUUUGAAGCUAAUCAAGCGACUCUACAUAGACAAAUCUCUGAACCCUUCUACAGAAUUUAUCAGUUCUACAAAAAGGCCAUAUGCAAAAGAAUUGGAAACUGUCGACUUCAAAGAUAAACUGGAAGAAACGAAAGGUCAAAUUAACAGCUCUAUUAAGGAGCUCACAGAUGGCCAUUUUGAGAACAUUUUGUCGGAGAACAGUAUAAGCGACCAGACCAAAAUCCUCAUGGUUAAUGCCGCCUACUUUGUUGGAAAGUGGAUGAAAAAAUUUCCUGAAUCAGAAACAAAAGAAUGUCCGUUCAGAGUCAACAAGACAGACACCAAACCAGUACAAAUGAUGAAUCUAGAGGCCACGUUCUGUUUGGGCAACAUUGAUGAGAUCAACGCUAAGAUCAUAGAACUUCCCUUCCAGAAUAAGCAUCUCAGUAUGCUCAUUGUGCUACCCAAGGAUGUGGAGGAUGAGUCCACAGGCCUGGAAAAGAUUGAAAAGCAGCUCAACCCAGACACACUGUUGCAGUGGACCAACCCCAGCACCAUGGCCAAUGCCAAAGUCAAACUCUCUCUCCCAAAGUUUAAGGUGGAAAAGAUGAUUGAUCCCAAGGCUAGUCUGGAAAGGCUGGGUCUGAAAAGUCUCUUCGAUGAAAACACAUCUGAUUUCUCUGGCAUGUCAGAGACCAAGGGAGUGACCCUAUCAAAUGUGAUUCACAGGGUAUGCCUAGAAAUAACCGAAGAUGGUGGCGAGUCCAUUGAGGUGCCAGGAUCCCGAAUCUUACAGCACAAGGAUGAAUUCAAUGCUGACCACCCAUUUAUCUAUAUCAUUAGACACAACAAAACACGAAACAUCAUUUUCUUUGGCAAAUUCUGUUCUCCUUAAGUGGCAGGGUCCCGCUAAGUCUCAGGUAACUUGUCUGGAGUUGCAGAUCUCUGUAAACUUUGUAUGCAAUCACUUUCUAUACAAUAAAUUGUUAAUUUUGCGGAAUCAGGAAGCAGCUGGUACUUGUCAUGUGUAGCCUUCAUACUAACAGACACUUCUUUUCCAAUUCUUCCUUGUUUUUCUUUGUCAAAGAAAAUGGCACAUGUUUGUAAUGAAAGGGAAUCACCUUAGCAAAGAAUGUGUGUUUUUCAUUUGUCAAAGAUCUAGAACCACUCACAAAAAUGUAGUCUUCCACAAAGAAAUUCCUGUAAGGAUGACGUGGAGGACAUUAUCCUCAGAACUUUGCCUUUCUUCACUGAGAUGAAGAAUGUUCCAUACAUUUUCACCAUUUUAAAGCCUUGAGAAACUCUAGAGUAUGGGGCCCACGAGAGUACCCUGUCACUAUGCUGUGGUUCUGGAAGUCUUCAUAUUAAACCCUGAGAAACAGUUUUUUCAGGAUCUUAAUGGGAGAUUUUAGAAAGAUGGCAUGUUGUAAAUACUAUAUAUUAUGGAACUCCAAAAAUAGGGUCUGGAAUAUUAAUACUUUAAUAUUUUUGCUAAAAAGCAUAGGUUAUUCACACAAAACAAGUACAUAAGGAUAGUUCACAAAUGAUCAAUAUUUCUGAAAAAUGAAUAAGUUGUCAGCUCAUGGAAACACUUUGCAGAGCAUUCUAGAUCUUUGGAGUAUUGGAUAAAGUUCUGGGCCCAUUUUAGCUGAAGACUAAGACCCUAGGGGGAAGCUUAGCUUUUACAAAAAUUGGCUUUUGUUUCUCCUAGCUGCCCCAUCUGGUCAUUUGGGUGGUAUGACUGCUGGCAGGGCUUCUAGCCAGAUCACAGGGUUCUUCACACCUCCAACACCAGUGUCUUGAGAUCUCCAGGGAUUCUCUUGAUGAUAAGAGAGUUUGUGACUGUUUAAGGAACUUUCUUUUUUUGUCUAAUGUGGCAGUGGGAAAAGGAAGGGAUCCCAAACCUCCAGAAAACAAAAGCAAAACUAUUUAAGUACUCAUCAUGUGUGGGAAUAUGUUUCUUUUUUUUUAAAUCUGGCUGUUGGAUAACAGUUUGUAAUCUACACACAUAGUUUAUUAAUGGUUCUGAUAAAUUAGUUAUGUUGCAACCCAACCUAAUGUUUUAACUCACCCCCAGAAGGAAAUAUUUGCUGUGGUUUUUCUUAUAUGCCUCCCCUUUUCCAAUUCAUUGCCGUUUAUUGUAAAUAAUUUUUUUCUUCCGAAGGUUCAGUGGUGACUUUUUUUCUGUGCUAUUGACAAUAAAGUAUUAUUGAAUUGUG